CAUGAUAAUCUCAACGAUUAAAAAAUCUAUCGAUAUGUAUAUAUACAUAUCGAAAUCGUCUAUCGAGUUUACAUUUUUUGAGGAAGAUUCGGUGGAGAGUGUGCCAAGUGAUUUCAUCAUUAUAGUGAUUCGUUCGUUUCCGACUCCAUUAUUAUCGCAUUUUCUAUAUUUCUACAAUCAACAGGGGAAAUAAAUGUGCCCUUCAAGAAGUACUGACCUAGCCGCGCGAGGGCUACAUAAGGUUAUGAAUAUUUAGCAUUUCAAAGAGAUCCGAUCAGCGUGAUAAAAAGAAAAAACAUCGAAAGUGAUCUGACAUUAUUUUGCGGCAAAAAUGACAGUUAUGGAUUUUUUUGGUUGUGCCUUUUUGGCAUUUGGCCCGCCGUUGGCCAUGUUUACAUUCACUGUCGCAGCCGAACCCAUUAGAAUCAUCAUACUAAUAGCCAGUGCCUUCUUUUGGUUAAUUUCUUUAUUAUUGUCGUCGGUGCUCUGGUAUGCUGUGGUGCCACUACAAAAUCACCUCGCGUUUGGACUUAUAUUUUCCGUAUUAUUUCAAGAGGCAUUCAGGUACCUCUUGUACUGGGUACUGAGGAAAGCUGAGAGAGGAUUAGACAAAGUAACAACAACACAUGUAGCAGAUAGCAGACAUGUGUUCGCAUAUGUAUGUGGUUUGGGUUUUGGUUUUAUGAGUGGUGUCUUUGCACUAGUCAAUGUGCUGGCAGAUGCUGUUGGACCUGGAACAAUGGGACUUCGACAAGGCACAGAGUACUUUUUUAUAAUAUCAGCGGCUACAACACUUUGCUUUAUCUUGUUACAUACAUUUUGGGGUGUUGUAUUUUUCUCUGCCCUUGAUAGAAAAAAUUGGGGACAAGUGAUUUGGGUUGUUGGUUCACACUUGUUUGUAUCAUGUAUGACCUUGUUAAAUGUAUACCAAGCUUAUAUAGCUACCACUUUAUCCGCUUAUGUUGUUCUUAUGAUAACAACUGCACUUGCGUUUAAAGUUGCAGGCGGCAGACCCCAAAAUGUAGUUCAAUGUUUUUCAAGACAGUAAAAGAGAAAGCUUUCAUAAGAAAGUUAAAUAUACAUAAUUGUGUUUGACCCGAUUGAACAUCACAGAAUGAUGAAGUUUUUUUCCUUAGCCAUUAGACCACGAGGAGAUUAAUCAUUGCUCUGAUUUUACACUGUGUGUAAAAAGAUAUGAUGUUAAAUUAACAAAUCAUAUCUUGUUUUUUGAUAUUAAUAAGCAAAUCUAUAAUGAUCAAGAAUAUAUUCAUAAAGAUCCAAGAUAUGUUAGUCCUUACUUGAUAAACUUUUACACUUGACCAAACUGCAUAAAACAUCUAUUAAAUGUACCAGUAUUAUUUGUCUUUCAAGUGUAAUGUUUUUUCUCAAAAAGUUGUAUUAAAUGGUAAUACGUUCUAGCACAGAAUUUUGUGGUCAAGCUGCUAGUCCGUCCCUUAACCUAUCGAAACAAUUGUAUAACCAAGACGUGAUAACGUUUCGAUCUAAAAUCUAAUCAUACUAAAAUGUACGAUAUUCUCUUUGUAUUGCAAAGAAAAAAAGAAAAGGCAAAGUUUAAAAUGAGUGUAAGUGUACAUAUGUAA